AAGUUAUGGCAGAUCCCAGGACCUUUGCAGAUGUGAGGAAAAACUAUCUUUCAGCUCAUAAAAGCUCAGGGAUCAAGGAAAAGGUUGCGUUCUACAGCUCCUGGGCCGAGAACUAUGAAGAAGAUUCGGCAAUAUUGGACUACCGUGCUCCUUUCUUAGCUGCAAAAUGCAUUGCUUCACACUUCACCGGCGAGAAAGAGAGAGCUAUUAUUUUGGACGUGGCAUGUGGGACAGGGCUGGUCUCUGGAAAUUUAAAGAAAAAUGGAUUUUGCCACUUUGUGGGCUUGGAUGGAAGCGAGAAAAUGUUGAGUAUGGCCAGAAAAACAGGUCUUUAUCAGGAGCUUAAGCAGUGCAUGCUGUGUGAGGAUCCCUUGCCUGUUCAAGAUGAGUCGUAUGAUGUUGUAGUAAUUGUGGGAGCUCUGAGUAUUGGAAACGUGCCAGUGGAAAUCAUCAAGGAGCUCUGGCAAGCCACCAAGCCGGGUGGCUAUGUGUGCAUGACUACAAGAGGGAAUGCUGAUAAUCACGAAUACAAAACUGAGAUGGAACGUGCGAUUCUUGCGAUGGAGGAAGAAAAGAAAUGGAGACGUGUCGCUGUCGAUGUAGUGGACGAGUGGGAGAAGGCCGUGUCUGACCAUGAGUGUGGAUACAUAAGUGGAGUUGUUUAUCUAUAUCAGAAAGUGUUUUAAAUUCAGAAUUGAUUGUGCUAGGAGCAAGAAAAGCAUAUUAUAUGUGUGGAUGGUCUUUAAAUAAUAGCCUAAUAGUGAUUUUAUGUAUACAAAUUUGGCAGGUCAAUGGGACAAAACCAAUGA